AUGGCAGAAGCAUCAAGCGUAUCUGCGGAAGCUCUCAAGGUCAAGAUCACAGAUUCACUAAACGCAACUCAUGUUGAAAUCGAAGACAUGUCAGGAGGCUGUGGUCAGGCAUAUUCCGCGGUUAUUGUUUCACCACAAUUCGAGAAGAAGACUACAUUGGCAAGGCAUAGAUUGGUAAAUGGAGCCUUGAAGACGGAGAUUGCGGCCAUUCAUGCCUGGACCCCAAAGUGCUACACGCCAGAACAGUGGGAGAAGCAGAAGGAGGAUGGCAAGGAGGCCGUUGCGCCAGGAAAGAAUACUACUGGAGAGGUUGUGGAUGGGACAACUGCUUGA